AUGGCGCUGCUCUCCGCCACCUCCCCCGCCAAGGCAUCCUUCUUGGCGCUCCUCUUCUGCCUCGACGAGCCGCAACAGAAUCCGCUCCUAGCCCUGGGUGCUGGUGGCGGGCGGCGACAUCGGCGGGCUGGUGUUCGCGCUGGCGGCGCGGCGCAAGGGCUCGCCCCGCGGGCCCCGCUCGCGCGAGAUCCGCCGCAGUUGGAGCUCCGCCGUGGCCGCGCAGGCCGAGGCCGCGCCGGGCAGGGCGCUCGUCCCCUGCUCCGCCACCACGAGGAGGAGGCGGCAGAGGAGGGCUCGGGGCCCAGGGCGAGGCCGGCGCCAGUGGCUGGGGCGCGGGUGGCCGGCGCUCUGCUGGGGGCGGCGAGGACGACGGGGUCGGCGGGGAAGAUGGACGGCUCGGCUCCUCCCUGCUGGCCCCGCGGCCCGGGCUGCUCCGGCCGAAGCAAGGGCACGCCGCCACCGGGGCUGCAGAGAGAGGCGACGGCGGCGAGGCGGGCCCUGCGCCCCGCCGGACGCCGUCUUCGCCCACACGCUCGGCUGGGCGCGCCCGUGCGCCCAGCUCGGGGAGCACAAGGGCCACAGCGAGGCCCGCCGCCGGGGCCGGGCGCGCCGGCCUCCGCCACCCCGCGCGAACCUCUGCGCUGCCGCACGCCAUGGCUGCCGCCGCUGCCAUCCCUCUGCUCGCGCGCGCCAGGGCCGCUCGGCCCGCCCGCCGCCGCAGCUUGCGCGCUCGGCCCGCUGCUCGCCGCCGCCGUGGCCGCUCCGCCCGCCCGCCGUGGCCCCUCCGCCGGUGGCGCCUAG